AGAAGUUAUAGUGCGCACCGAUGACGAAUAGCACGCGAUUUGGUUCGCCUGUUUGAAUAAAAUAAAUUAACCGGUAACUUCAUUUCUUUUGCUGCAUGUGAUUGAACCAUUGGUUUGAAGAAACGUACCACUUUCAGCAGAUAAAAUGUCGGCUUUUAUUGCCCACCCUUCGGUGCGGAUCAGGGGUACAGAGCACACCUACAACCCAGUGCUAUGUCAGGAUGACAACUGCUCAGGCAAUGACAAGGGCACACAUGCACAUGUUGACAAGGGCAUUGACUGCUGGCCUAAUAGUGCUUCGAUGCUGCAACCACUGUGAGAUCGUGGGCACCAUCAAAGGAGAGAAGAGGUUCAAGGGAGCCCACUGGCACUGCUACUGCUGCCGAAACGGCUUCAACCGCAGAGAUGAGGCUAUUAAACACUAUAAGACCCACUUCCGGAAUCAUCACACCACCUUCCAGAUACAGGUCACACAGCUGGCCAGUGUGGUGCAGGCCAACGUCAAGAUGUUUGAGGAGCUGAAGCUGUACCGCUCUGCAGAAAACAGCCAGCAGAGAAUCGAUCAGCUGGUGAAGAGUUUGGAGAAGCAACACCGCACACUCAUCCACACCCAGCUAGCCUCACUGAGGACAGAGCUACCGCGCCUGGCAGGAACCGCCGCACCCAUCAAUGGCCACUCGGAGCUCACCGUCAGCUUCAUCGGUGAGGAGGCCACUGGCCCUGGGGAGAUGACUCUCCUGAAGGAGGAACCAAGUGAAACAAGAGUAGAGGGGGAGGGAGGAGCAUUGACCAUGGGGGUUGUUCAGAUGGGCCCUGACCCAGGGGACUUGGUAUCAAUAUUGGGUGAUGUAUGUUUGGUGGCUGGGCAGGAGGCGGAAUCAUCGGUUCCUGAGCUGUACAGUGUUGACUCGGGCAGAGGGCUUCCAGAAUUCUACUGAAGGCCUUGAAGACAAAGAGGGGGAGGAGCCAUCUUUGUCAAGGAAACACAGACCCAAAGAGGAACCAGGGGGAGAGAGCGAAGCCAAACUGCAGUGCAUCUGUUGAAGCCGUGCUCUUUGUUCAAAUCAAAUUGUUUUUGUCACAUGUGGCGAGUACAACAGGUGUAGACCUUACAGUGAAAUGUUUACUUAGAUGCCCUUAACCAACAAUGCAGUUUACAGAAAAAUACCUAAAACAUUUUUAUAAAAGUAACAAAUAAUUAAAGAGUAGCCGUAAAAUAACAAUAGCGAGGCUAUAUACAGGGGGUACCUGUACAGAGUCAGUGUGCGAGGGCACCGGUUAGUCGAGGUAAUUGAGGUAAUAUGUACAUGUAGGUAGAGUUGUUAAAGUGACUGCAUAGAUAGAGAGUAGCAGCAGUGUAAAAGAGAGGGGGGGGGGGCAAUGCAAAUAGUCUGGGUAGCCAUUUGAUUACAUGUUCAGGAGUCUUAUGCCUUGGGGGUAGAAGCUGUUUAGAAGCCUGUUGGACCAAGACUUGGCACUCCGGUAUCGCUUUCCGUGCAGUAGCAGAAGGAACAGUAUGACUAGGGUAGCUGGAAUCUUGUCUUUGACAAUUUUGUCUUGUCUUUGACAAUUUUUUGGGGCCUUCCUCUGAUGGCAGGAAGCUUGGCCCCAGUGAUGUACUGGGCCGUUCGUACUACCCUCUGUAGUGCCUUGCGGUCGGAGGCCGAGCAGUUGCCAUACCAGGCAGUGAUUCAACCCGUAAGGAUGCUCUCAAUGGUGCAGCUGUAGAACCGUUUGAGAAUCUGAGGACCCAUGCCAAAUGUUUUCAGUCUCCUGAGGGGGAAUAGGUUUUGUCGUGCCCUCUUCACGGCAGUCUUGGUGUGCUUGGACCAUGUUAGUUUGUUGGUGAUGUGGACACCAAGGAACUUGAAGCUCUCAACCUGCUCCACUGCAGCCCCGUCGAUGAGAAUGGGUGCGUGCUCGGUCCUCCUUUUCCCGUCGUCCACAAUCAUCUCCUUUUGUCUUGAUCACGUCGAGGGAGAGGUUGUUGUCCUGGCACCACACGGCCAGGUCUCAUCUAUCUUGCCUUUCUCUCUAGUCUUUUUCUGACCGUACUUGGGAGUUUCUUUAUGGGAGGGUACCUUUCCCACAAGGUGUUUUAUAAGGCUGUCCAGGCUGAGCCAGGCAAAGUGCAGCAGUGUGGGAAGAACAACUGAAACCACAGUCCCUAAUGUGGCUGUGAAAGUCGAAGCAUCCUUCACUCCCAGCAGUGUGUGAGCUCUACUAGUGUAACCAAUAACCAUGUUAUUUUUUGUUCUGACUGUUCCAAUGUUUUCAUAAAGCUUGUUUGUUCAACUGUUUGUUCAAUUGUUCUACUAAACAUUGUAUUUACAGACUGGCGGAAACUAACUAACCAUCUGUCUUGACGAGACAGUCAUGUCACUAUGCAAUUGUAGUUUGUUGUUAUAUAAUAUGUUGCUUGUUAACUUGCAUAAAAUGUAGCCCGUACAUAGCAUACAAAUCAAUACUGCUACAACCAUCCAUUUCAUGCCUAUGUAUUUGCCUUGUAUGACAAAGCUACUAUGCAUGCAUUUAUUUUUUGCAUCCCAAAAGUUGUAGACAUGCCUUAGAACAAUUGAACAAACAGUUGUGACAAAUGAAAAGCAUUCACUUUACAUGAACUUAUAGUUGCUGAAUAAAGAAAAGGAAAUGGGAUCCUUGGGAUGUCACAACUCUGACAUCACCCCAUUGAAGUUGAAAUGUAAAACAGUUAAGGGUGUAAGGUAGUGAUGGGCAUUCCGGCUCUUUUUCAGUGAGCCGGCUCUUUUGGUUCCCAAACGGCUCUUUAAAAAAAAUAUGUUUUGUAUUUGUUGUAAAGUCAAACAGUUUGCGUUAGUUUGACUAUGAUUGGUGUUAAAACAAUUCUAAUUAAAUUAUUAAAUGAAAUCACACUCUACCUUAACCACAAUGUAAUUAAAACUGCAUUGGUUUGUUAUGAAAAAGAAUGCUAUUAAACAUGUGCAUUUAAAGUGUAACUUUUUAAUGUAUAUAACCAAAGUGCAUAUAAAUCUAACCAUUCAAAACGAAUACAAUCUGAACAGCAUAAUAGAAUAUUGCACCAUAUCAAAGAAAAAUAAAUAAUGUGCAAAACUGCAGCAUCCCACUUAAAACACAUUAAGCAUCUCCAAAAUCAAAUCUAGAAUCUGUUUCCUAUUUCGCAACAACGCAUCCUUCACUCAUGCUGCCAAACAUACCCUCGUAAAACUGACCAACCUACCGAUCCUCGACUUCGGCGAUGUCAUCAAUAAAAUAGCUUCCAACACUCUACUCAACAAAUUGAAUGCAGUCUAUCACAGUGCAAUCCGUUUUGUUACCAAAGCCCCAUAUACUACCCACCACUGCGACCUGUACGCUCUCCUUUGCUGGCCAUUGCUUCAUAUUCGUCGCCAAACCCACUGGCUCCAGGUCAUCUACAAGUCUCUGCUAGGUAAAGCCCCGCCUUAUCUCAGCUCACUGGUCACCAUAGCAGCACCCACUCGUAGCACGCGCUCCAGCAGGUAUAUCUCACUGGUCACACCCAAAGCCAAUUUCUCCUUUGGCCGCCUUUCCUUCCAGUUCUCUGCUGCCAAUGACUGGAACGAAUGCAAAAAUCACUGAAGCUGGAGACCCAUAUCUCCCUCGCUAGCUUUAAGCACCCGCUGUCAGAGCAACUCACAGAUCACUGCGCCUGUACAUAGCCCAUCCAACUACCUCAUCCCCAAACUUUAUUUAUUUAUCUUGCUCCUUUGCACCCCAGUAUCUCUACUUGCACAUUAAUCUUCUGCACAUAUACCAUUCCAGUGUCUAAUUGCUAUAUUGUAAUUACUUCGCAACCAUGGCCUAUAUAAAUAGGCCUUACCUCCCUUAUCUUAACUCAUUUGCACUCAUUGUAUAUAGAUUUUUCUUUUCCUACUGUAUUAUUGACUAUGUUUGUUUACUCCAUGUGUAACUCUGUGUCGUAUGUGUCGAACUGCUGUGCUUUAUCUUGGCCAGGUCACAGUUGUAAACGAGAACUUGUUCUCUACUAGCCUACCUGGUUAAAUAAAGGUGAACUAAAAUUUAAAUAAAAAAACAUUAAACUGG